AUUUAGUGUUAUCGGUUUAGAUGUUAACUAAAUAAAUUAAUGAAAGGAUACAAAAUUAGAGCAAAUUAAAAUCGACGAGCGCUGCUAUUAUUCAGAACAACACUGUAAAAACCCAUUAUGAACCCAAAAGGUCCGCAGAUUACUUCUUGAAACAAAUUGCUUCUGCACAUGUCCUAGCCGACAAUGGUUCAACAAAGUAAUUAAUCCGAUUCAAAACUACGUCUAGCCCCCUUUUUUAAACCAAUCAAUUAUCGUACAAUUAGCGCCUUACCCCAGGAAGGAAAUCCGCAUUCGAAACGCUGCUUAGUAUAAAUAGCUGAAUCAUAGGGCUCGGUCCCAAAAGAAAAGGAAAAUGAUCAAAAUUGUACUGUUCGUCGUGUGGAGCAGCUUAGUCGUGGUGGCGUGUCACGCCGAAGAAACGAAAGCCUCCUCAAUAGCGGAAGCGCGCCAGUCGUAUCCCGAUUCGCCAUACUUUCAUUCCGUUGCCUACCCCUUCGGUUACGGCUGGGGCAUAGCGGCGUACGUGCUGGCCGUGUUCAAAGCGGUGUUCUUAUUUAGCAUGUUUGUAAUUUGGACACAUUCUGAAGCAGGUUUUGGCAGGCAACGAUCGAAUGAUGCGAGGGCGAACGACUACCAGUGGAUAGAUUCGAUCGUGCAGAUGGUGGCACCGGACACGACAGACGAAUGCCGCCGGGAAGUGAUCUGCGAAGCGGAAGCAUAUGUAGCGGGUGACCCGUUACUACGGAUACUGUCGCAGUUUGGUGGAGGCAACGGAAGCGAGUGCAGAAUGGCGACCUUCAGCGGAGUAUGUAGAUCGAUAACCAUUCAAGACGUGAUUUUGAGGCAUAUCAGGCCUUUCUUCAACUACCAGUCCAAUGUCAACUGGGGGUCUUUGAUACUCAAUAAAUUGUUUUAGAAUGGGCGUAAUGGGACGUUGUUCUCCA